UUAAUAUAUUCAUGGGACAUCCCAAUUUGAUAUAAUAAAAACCACAUUUCUACAGACUGACCACACAUAUGACAAUCAAGCAAAUGAAGACCAUAGUCACACUGUUAAUGAAGACUGUAUUUAAACUGUUGGUGUUAACAUUAGUGAUUGGGGAAGUUUUAGCGGAGAGAUGCCGGUCUUCAAUGAAAGAAUAUGAUCCAGAAUCACAACUGUGCUGUGAUUUUGGAGUAGUACUCAAAUUCAAUGGACGUGGACAGAAGUUAGAUUGCUGCACUGAAAAGACAUUUAUUCUUGAAACUGAGAUAUGUUGUAAAAAUGUGUCCAAUAAGUUCACAGAAGAUGGCAAAGAACAAAGCUGUUGUGGAGCUAUGCAUUACCUAAAGUCAGAAAAAGUCUGCUGUAACAGCACCUUGUAUGACAAACUAAACGGAAUCAAUAGUUGCUGUGGUUUGUCACCUAUUGACCCAAAAACAACAAUUUGCUGCAGGGAUAGAAAUAGUAAUAAAAGGCCACACAGCAUAGGAAUUCGCAUGAAAUGUUGUGGGGUUGAAUAUUACAACAAAACAACACAUUAUUGUAAAGACUCAAAGAAAAGCAUUGUCUUACCCUUUUCAACAUCCUUUUGUAAGAACACCAAGUAUGACAAAUUGAAACAGAAAUGUUGCACUGGUACCUUACAUAAUGUCAGCGACAGUGAUGAGCAGUAUAUAUGUUGUGGCACAAAGUUGUAUAAUAAAGUCGAAGAAAAAUGUUGUGGUGGCAGUUUGACCAUACCGCAUGAUGCUGAGUGCUGUGAAAAAGGCCAUUACAAUCCAAAAAGUCAGACAUGUUGUAAUGGACUCCCUGUUGACAUUACAUCAUCAACAGAGAAAUGUUGCGGGAAUGGAUUGUAUGACAGCCAAUACCAAGAAUGUUGUGGGAGUGUUAUAUACAACACAUCCUCUCACCAGUGUUGUCAACCUGGAGGUGACAUUAUUGUUAAAUCCACUGAAUACAAAUGCUGUGGAAAAAUCAGUUACGACAGCCAUGACAAUGUUUGCUGCACAAAAAACAAAUUCAGUGGAGAAACAUUCAAAAUAAUUACAAAAUCUGUUGAAUAUCAUGACACUUGCUGUGUUCCUUCUGACAUCGAAAAAAGUCAGUCCUUUUCAAGUAUUACACAUAGAUGCCAGCUAGGUGGUAUUAUUAAUAAAACUGUUAUGUGUGGUAACCAUCCUUAUAAUGAGACCUCAGACCUAUGCUGUGGAGGAGUUUUGGAUAAGAUGGGAUUAGAUGAAGGAAGAGAUUGCUGUGGAAUCAAAAGUUAUAACAAGACUACAAAAAUCUGUUGUGACAACACAAUUUACCGUAAAACAAACAAAGAGAGCUGUCAUCAAAAUAGCAUAGAUGUGAUCCAUCAAACACUGCCUAAGCAUAGGGACUAUGGAAUAUGUUCCUACUGUAACUUACAUACCAUCCAGAAUGUCAAAGAGUUUCUGGAGUCCGCUACUAAUCUAUGUAAACAAUUUGUCCUGAAGAUUGCUAAAUUAAACACAUCAAUGGCUGGUAACACAACGACAGUGGAUGGUUUUAUACGUAAAGAUUUGCUCUCUCAGAAAACCUUUAAAAAACUAAAGAUUCAAUUCCAAGUACCUUGCACAUGUCAACUGAACACAAGAUCAAUUAUCCUUCUAACAGACCUGGAUGACUAUAGCAAACUUCUGAGAUUAGGUGACAGUAACCUAAUUAUUCCAUGGAGCAAAACAGCAAGCAAUUACAUUCGCAAAAGGGCUAAGUGUGCAAAGGACACAAAUACAUUUGCCUUGGAAACAGUGGCUGGGUUCAAAAUAUCUAUUGAAUAUACAAAACCUGAACUGAAAGGAAGAGACAGGUUUUAAUGACAUCUCAUAUUAGGUCAAGGUAUUGAAUUUUUGUUUCCUAUGAAAGUACAUUCUUCUUUACACUUGGUUUCAAAUAACUCCAAGUAUUAUAUAACAAACAGGUUUACCUGUGCUUAUCAUGAACAUAAUUGUGACUUCCUGUGAUAAAAAUGCCAAUAUACUUUUCAUAGGACUCAAGCAAGAUGUUAAAAGGUUGUAGAAUUUGUAAGAUAGUUGAUAGACUGUAUGAAAAAGUCUCUGUGAAAUCUCAAGGACAAACGAAAAUCAGUUCCUAGUCUUAUAUCAUUUUGAUUGCUAUGACAAAUGUUGAUAGGUCUUCUUGUUUUGUAUUAUGUUAAUGUACUGCCAUCACCAAUAUCAUGAAGUUUAUUACAUGACCAUCUCAUUCAUAUGUGUGUUCAUCUUAUUAAGUUAUUUGACUAUAAAAUGGCCUAUUUAUUAACUGCUCAUUUUGCCAUGCAUUUUUGUAAAUAUACAUGUCUAUUUAUAUAUUAUUAAAUUUUUAUUAAAAAAGUGUUGAAUUUGUA